AUGCGCUUCAAUUCUCAGUUUCUCGCUUUCACAAGCAUCUGUGUUAUCAUCGCUCUCGUGCUUCCACCCCAUGCCGAUGCUGCAUAUAUCGCAAACCAUCCCAGUGGCAACCGGAUUGCCGCUGCGAAUCAGGCUGAUGAGCCCCGUACUGUCUUUUCACUUCCGAGGUUAACUGCUGGACAUGUUCCCGACAAAUCCUCUGAGGGCAAAGGAAAGGCGCGUGUCGAUACUCCUAGCUCGAGGUUCUUCAGGUUUACCGAUUCCGACCCCUCGAACCCGCUGGCCGGCAUUCAGGAUUUUGGCUUUUCUCGUGUCUAUGGCGAUGUUCAACCACCUUUCUCGCCGCGCGAUGCCUCCUCACGUCGUCCUACUCCUCUCUCUCGUCGCUCCUCUGCUCUCGUUCAUGGUGCAGGCGGAAAUGACUAUCUAGUCUCCAGAGGAGCAGCCUCCCCGCGCUCUUCAAAAAGAAGGCUGGGUCGUCGUGGUACUUCUACUGGUCGUAUUCCCGGGACUAUUGACAUUAUGAGCGGAGCGCAAGGCAGCCACCUCGCAUCUCUUGCCCUCGAUUCUCCGCCGUAUAACUCCACCAAUACCACGUCGAGCAACUCGACCGCCGGUCGUGCUAGUAAUGGUUCCUUCCUUCUCAAUGCGUCAAGCAUGAAAGGGACACAGUUCUACUUGGUCGACGCCGAUGACAACGACUCAUAUAACAACCCUACAAACGCGACCAAGCACGUCCUGAUUCAAACUGAUAUCCUCAAUUCCACCUUCUGCGCUACUUUCGACCCGAACCCGUCUGGACCUGAACCAUUGAAGAUGACGAUGUGCCCCCCGUCGCAAUCCAGAAAUGACGUCGAAAACCUGGUUUCCCCGUUUCCCAACGGCAUGGCGCCUAUCAGCCAGAUAUUCGAGUAUAAUCCCUCCAGUGGUGUUAUCAAGCCUGUGUGGACGAACAGCGGCGGCAGCACUUCCUCGCGUGCGAUGUUUGUUGAGCGGGACGGUUCGACUUCUACCACCACUGGCUCCAACACGAUAGCAUCCACCGGGUCUAGUACCACGAGCUCCACGUCUGCGCCUCAACCCACCACUUCCUCGUCUGCACCACAAGCACAGGACGUAACUCUUGUCUUCCGGCCUUCUGAUCUUGCAGCCUCUGCCCCUCCACCUUCUGGCAAUGCUGCUGACUCCAGCGCGGAUGAUGAGAUUGUGACGACAACUAUCACCACAACGGUUGUCUACACUGCUACUGCCACUGCGUCUUCAUCUUCGUCGUCUACUGCUGGAAGCCCUCUGGCCGCUGUCGCCAUUACAUCUUCAUCAAGCUCGUCAACGCCAGCAGCAUGCAGUUCGACAUCGACACUCCCUCCUGCUGUCCACGCUGCUGUUGCUGCUUCAAGCGCGGGGUCAUCCUCUUCGCAAGCAACCUCCACGGGCUCUGCCACCACCCAAGCGACAUCGACAUCAAUGCCGCCCUCCCCUUCUGUCCAGGCUGCUAUUGUCGCCUCAAGCUCGGGAUCGUCAUCUUCUCAAGCAACUUCCGCGGGCUCUGCUACUAUCCAAAUGGCGUCAUCAUCGAUGCUGCCUUCUCCUUCUGUCCAAGCCGCUGCUGUUGUCGCUUCAAGCCUAGGCUCGUCGUCUUCUCAAGCAAUGUCCACGGCCUCCGCCACCACCCCACUGACAUCGUCAUCGAUGCCACCCUCUCCUUCUGUCCAUGAUGCUGUUGUCGCUUCAAGCCCAGGCUCCUCGUCUUCUCAAACAACCUCCACGGGCUCGGCGACUCCUACCCAAGCGACAUCGACGUCGCAGGAUAUGAAGGGUUCACUAGAAAUUGAGUUCGUCCCGGUGACAGCUUCCCCGUCUUCUGUGUCCACCACCUCAUCUUCCCCAUCGUCCUCGUCCUCUCCCUCCUCAUCGUCAUCUACAACGCCCAGCCAGAUGAACGCUGCUGCGAUCGCUUCAGCAAUCGCCAACUCCCGUUCUAGUGCUUCUACCGCGAACGGCACUAGCAUGAGCAGUUCUUCUAGUUCAACUGUAACUGUUGCGCCGACGACCACCGGAAAAUAG